AUGGCCUCCAACGUGCUCCUCGAAACCACAAUGGGCCCCGUCGUCCUCGAGCUGUACCCCAGCCACGCCCCCCGGACCACGCGCAACUUCACCACCCUCGUGCAGAGAGGCUACUACGCCUCCACCAUCUUCCACCGCAUCAUCCCCAACUUCAUGGUCCAGGGCGGCGAUCCCACCGGCACCGGCCGCGGCGGCUCCUCCAUCUACGGCCCCACGUUCGACGACGAGACGCACCCGGCGCUGCGGCACACGGGCGCCGGCAUCCUCAGCAUGGCCAACUCGGGCCCCGGCACCAACGGCUCGCAGUUCUUCAUCACGCUCGCCCCCACGCCCUGGCUGGACGGCAAGCACACCAUUUUCGGGAGGGUCAAGAGCGGCAUGGCCGUCGUCAAGAGGAUGGGCAUGGUCAAGACGGGCGACGAGGACCGGCCGCUCGAGGAGAUUCGCAUCGUGGCGGCCAGACUCGUCGACGGCGACGAGUGA